AAAACGCUGCGCGUCCCUUCAGAAAGCGUGGCUGCUCCUGUCCCUUUAAGAAUGCUCCAGCUGUUGCCUGACCAGACAGAGAGAACCCAGCAUUUCGGAGCACAGAGCUUUGAAGGGCUGGAAGGAGGAAGGAAGCCAGGGCGCCGCUCCUGAGACUCCUCUGGCCGUUCUUCUGCUCCCGAGCAGACCUGCCGCUGAGCUCCACUCCGGCUGACCUGCCAGGGCAGCCGAUCUCCUGCCGGGAUCUCCAAGCGGUCCCCCCGCCCGCGCCAGAAGUUUGCAAAGGAGAAGCGGGGAGGGGCCCCGCUGGCUAGACUCGACCUCAAAGUUAGAGAGAGGGAUGAUGAAGAGCCACAGAAGCCCCGCGGAUCCGUCUUGAGGAGGCAGCCCGCCUGGACCUGAAACUAGGACUCGGUUCCCCGGGAGCGAUGCUUCGAGAUCAGGACCAAGGCUGGAUCCUGCCAAGCACGGGGGAUUCUUAAGGGGGGGUUCCAGGAGGCGGGCGCGCCAGCUGUCCUUUCCUGCGCCUUCGAGAGACUGCAAGAUCACAGGAGGGCCCGGGAUAUAAUUCAGGAUGAAGGGGACCUUGUGUUUUGUCACGCUGAUCCUGACAGAAAGCAUGACAGUCGUGGUCAGCGCAGCCCGGGACUGCCUGCAGGCCGGGGAAUCCUGCACCAACGACCCCAGCUGCAGCUCCAAAUUCCGGACCCUCCGGCAAUGUAUUGCCGGCAACGGUGCCAACAAGCUGGGGCCAGACGCCAAGAGCCAGUGCCAGAACACAGUGACAGCCCUUCUUUCCAGCCAGCUCUAUGGCUGCAAGUGCAAACGAGGCAUGAAGAAGGAGAAGCACUGCCUCAGUGUCUACUGGAGCAUCCACCAUACCUUGAUGGAAGGCAUGAAUGUUAUGGAGAGCUCCCCUUAUGAACCAUUUGUGAGGGGCUUCGACUACGUGAGGCUGGCUUCCAUCACGGCAGGUUCCGAGAAUGAAGUGACCCAGGUGAACCGCUGCCUGGAUGCUGCCAAGGCCUGCAAUGUGGACGAGAUGUGCCAGCGCCUCCGGACGGAAUACGUCUCCUCCUGCAUCCGACGCGUGGCCCGGGCGGACACCUGCAACCGCUCCAAGUGCCACAAGGCCUUACGCAAGUUCUUCGACCGCGUGCCUCCCGAGUACACGCACGAGCUCCUCUUCUGCCCCUGCGAGGACACCGCCUGUGCGGAGCGGCGGAGGCAGACCAUCGUGCCGGCCUGCUCUUACGAAGCCAAGGAGAAGCCCAACUGCCUGGCCCCGUUGGACUCCUGCCGGGGGAACUACGUGUGCAGAUCCCGUUAUGCUGAAUUCCAAUUUAACUGCCAGCCGUCCACACAGUCUGCCACAAGGUGUCGGACGGAGAACUACGCUGCCUGUCUGCUGGCCUUCACUGGAAUCAUAGGUAGCCCCAUCACCCCAAACUACAUUGACAACUCAACCUCUAACAUUGCCCCCUGGUGCACCUGCAAUGCGAGUGGAAACCGGCAGGCGGAGUGCGAGAGCUUCCUCCAUCUCUUCACGGAGAACCUCUGCCUCCAAAACGCCAUCCAGGCCUUCGGGAACGGGACACACCUGACCGCGGCCCUGAGCCCUUCCACGCCUCCGACCACGCAGAUGCGCAAGCAGGAGCGGAACGCCAACAAGGCAGCUGCCACCCUCCGAGAGAACAUCUUUGAACAGCUACAGCCCACAAAGAUAACUGCAGAGGAGAAGCUUCUACGAGAUGCCACCCACCUAGCAUCCAACGCGUCCAAUUCAGCACUGGCAUUGGCCAUUAACGGAUGGCUGGUUAUGUGCUACUCCACAACCACCAUUACAUUCCUGCUGGUAUCCAUGUGAUCGGGGGUCAACCCACACGCGAGAGCUGUGACUGAACUGCUCUUUCUUUCUUUACAACUUGGGGAGCAGGUGUGAAAGGUCCCACCAGCCUCUAUACCUUCCUCCUCUUCAGUUUUAUAAUUGGGGGUGGCGGGGGAGAGUGAAUGAAUUCAUCUCAUCAGCCUGUUCAUGAACACCCUUCUGGUGUGCUCAUCCAUGGAAGGAACCACUGAUCAGUCCCUUCAAGGGGUGAAAAAAAACCCAUGGUCAAUUCCUGGACCAGUGCCAAGGCCACAGUAAGAAUCAAUCCUUUUUGUGUUGGGGCAGGCCAAUAAAAGUUGCCUGCUUUGGCGUGUUGAAGCAGUCUUAUGAGCAACCCAAUGUGGAGAGGUCACAGCUUGCCCCCAUCUUGCUAAACCUUCCGAAAAUGGGUUGAGCUAGAAUAUUGCAAGGUCCAUUCCCUCUGUGGGUUGGAAUGGUCUUGAGAUAGCUCCAUGUUACCACUAUUGCCAAUUUCUAGCAAAGAUGGAAUUUCUCCCAUACUACUCAUCACCAGAUUAAUUUUUUAAAAAAGUUUAAGUUGUAUGAUUCGACCUUGAGAAUCGGGUGAUCCAAACUCAGAAUGGAAAAGGAAAGCCUGGAUAUUCCAGGUGGCCAAAAUAGCAAGAUCCACUCUUUUGCCACUUGGUGAAAAAUUGGAAAUGUGGAUUAUCUGUUGAGGAGUUGAGUUUGCUUUGAAAAGAGUUGCUGCUCCACCACUUUUCAUGAACUUUAAAUAAGCAACAGCACCAUCUGGAUAGAACCUCUGGCACAAAAUGGGGGUGGUAGGAAUCACCCAUUCUGAUGAGCAAGUUGUUGACUUGGUUCCAGUGUAGAACCUCCAGAAUGGGACACAACACAACUGGCACAAGGGGGUGGUUGUAUACGUACUCCAAAUAGGAUUGGGGCCCUGGUCUGUUUCUUUAGGUUGGAGUAUCCUCCUCAAUUUGAUUUUCUAAAGACUUGUGCUGAAGGCAGGCUUGAGCUGCGUCUUCACUGAAAUUCACAUUUUAGAGACUUUUGGAAUCCACCUAAGUGACUUUUCACAGUUUCAUUGUUCCAUGACCAUCAAGGACCCACCACCAGAGUAAUUUUAAGACAUGGUUGAGAUUUACCACCAAAAAUCCAUCGACAUAAUUUGGCUCAGAAAAGAGAAGGCAGAACAGAAAACCAAAACCUUGAUUUCAAACCUUUUGAUCUUCAGAAUUCCAGUUCCAGAUGGAUAUGUGAAAUGUGAUUUUUGCACAUACCAAUGUCAACCAACAAGCAUUCACUGAGAAAAACAGCAAUUUCUGCAAUCCAAGGCAGAGUUUCACCUUCGGGAUCGAAGGGCUGAUGCACACGUGAAUGUGUGUGAGACUAAUAACUCUCAGCCAAAUGUGUGAACUGUCAUCACUGAAAAGUAUUAUGUUUGCUUUGAGAUUGGGUGAUUUCAGAGGUUCGGACUAGGGGUGUGCACAAAACUGGCUGGCCCAGUUCGAUUCAAGUCUGAAUAGGACUGGGCCAGUUUGAUAUUGCCCCCCAUUGAACCAUUGGGCGGUUCACAAGUUAAAAAAAUUGUUUUGUAUUUACCUCCUCCAAGGGGCUUCUCCAAGGCCACAGGGGGGGUCCACGGAGGUUCUCCCUCCCCCCCCCCCCCGCUGGCCUUCCUUGUGGCAAAAAUCACCCAGUUUGGGCGUUCCUCAGCCCUUUCUAGGCCUUUGCCCCUCACGGUGGCCAUUUUGGAGGCUGCUGAAUAUGCGCAAUGGGCCUCUGCAUGCCUGGAUCAUUGGGGUGGUUCAGUUCGACCCCAAACUGUCAAACUGGUUUAAUGUAAAACCUGUUUGCACAUCCCUAGUUCAGACAGUGGUGACUGAUCAGUGGUGGCUGAUUCACAGAUAGACGCCAUCACUUGAUGCUACAGUCAAUACAUGAUGGCCCUGCAAAUGUGACGAGGGUCAAAGACUGCGGAUCCCAGCCACUCCCCAUCCUCUGCUUUGUGAUCUUGAUGGGAAAUGCAUAAAUGCAUUAUGCAUCCCAUUCAUAGUCAUGGCUGAUUCGGGUCAGUCAUUGGUAUGAUAUUCUGGGCAUGAUCCAUCACAUAGCUAAAUGACUUUAAGCCCAUUGACUGAGAGCCAGACUAAAUUACUCAUGAGGAGUCUCGUUAAUUUCAUGGGGAUAACUUAGUCAUGAAUAAUGUGGUCUGGAUGUCAGCCAUUGAAAUCAAUGGGCACUUAACUCUGUCUUGGAUUGUGGCCUUCCUUUCAUCGUGGGAUGCUUUUUUGAAGUAAUCAUGUGUUUACAUUCCAGAGCUCGUUGCAGCUCCAAAACCGAGCCACCUAUACAGUAAGUGGGGACUUUCCUCUUCUCUUCAAUGGCAGAAUGCCACUUGUGCACCAGAACCCCUGCAGGCACAAACUACAUGCUGGAUGGAGCAUAUACAUUUCGAAAAGCUAGAAACUGCUGAUGGGAUCACCUUGAGAGGAGUUACAGCAUGGAUCCAUUCCGGCAUUACAGUUAACCCAUGCAUACAGAACUACUUCAAGAAUCAUGGUGUAAGGAGAAAACAUUAGGCCAAUGCACACAAUCAAAAAUAGGGUCGGAGCCGCACACGCUCCCAGUAUUGUGUCGAUUAAAAACAAGGUUGGUGGUUCCUUCCGUGAUCAUGUGCUAAGCAGCAGCUGGUUGGAGGAAAGAGUUGUGGUCUGCAAGGACAAGGCCGUGGAGUGGAAUCAGGAAUAUUAAUAGUUUAAUGAAAUAGAUGUUGUGUACAGAGAGACAAGUGGGGACUGCUCUUGCUCCUGGCUGUUUGUUAGCCCCGCCUUUGCUCCAGGACUGGAAUAAAAGUAACCAAAGCACCAUUCAGAAGCUGGCCUGGAUCAAGGAAUGGAUUGACCAAAUACGCCACUGGUUGGAGGGCUUUUCCUCCUACCUCAUUCAGCAGCUGAGUACAGCCACUGGGCAGGAGAGAACCCUCUGCCCCAGCUGCUGCUCAGUGCAUGAUCGUGGGCGGUGCCUCUGACCUUGUUUUUAAGCAACAAUCAGCUGUGUGCACAAUUCACAAGCUAGAGUAGGAGGCUUCUCCUGCCCUAUUCUUGAUCAUGUGAACUGCCCAAUGAUGUUAGAACCAGCCAAUAGCUGGGUCUUAAUUUGCCUCCGACACUCCUUGCAAAUACUGCAUUUCUGUAGACAGGAUCAGUCCAAAGCAUCCUACUGCCCUAUUCAGGGGCAAGGCCCAAUCGGAAAGGUACACCCCAAAGAUCUUCUAGCUGUCUGUGCUGUUGGUGACUGAUGAGGAUUGGGAUCUUGAUGGGCAGUCAUUGAAAGUGUCAAUUCAAUGUGCAGCAGCUGUGAAAAAGGCCAAUUCCAUGCUAGGGAUCAUUAGGAAGGGGGCUGAAACUAAAAAUAUUCGUAUUAUAAUGCCCAUAUACAAAAUUAUGGUGAAGUCACAUCUGAAGUACUGUGUAUAGUUCUGGUCACCGUGUCUUAAGAAAGAUAUUGUAGAACUGGAGAAGGCGCAGAAGAGGGCAACCAAGAUGAUCAGGGGCCUGGAGCACCUUCCUUCCAAGACAAGGCUACAACACCUGGGGCUUUUUAGUUUGGGGGGGGGGAUGACUGAGGGGAUAUGAGAGAGGUCUAUAAAAUUAUGCAUGGUCUGAACAGAGACAUUUUUCUCCAUCUCUCACAACACUAGAACCAGGGGUCAUGCCAUGAAACUGAUUGCCAAGAAAUUUAGGACCGACAAAAGGAAGUACUUUUUCACACAACACAUAAUCAACCUAUGGAAUUUUCUGCUACAAGAUGUGGUGAUAGCCACCAACCUGGAUGCUAAGAAGGGCUUAGAUACAUUCAUGGAAGACAGGUCUAUCAAUAGCUACUAGUCUAUAGGCCACCUCCAUAGUUGGCUAUAGGCCACCUCCAGCCUCAGAGGCAAGAGGCCUCUGAAUACCAGUUGCAGCAGGAGAAGGGGCAUGCCCUCGCCUCUUGCCUGUGGGCUUCCCAGAGACAUCUGGUGGGCCACUCUGUGAAACAGAAUGACUAGAAAGGCCAAGGGCCUGGUCCAGCAGGCUGUUCUUAUCUUCUACAGUGUUGCAGAGGAUGCACUAAUCUAAAGAAUAUGUCACAGCAUCCUCUUCAACACUUGCAAGGGAUCAUGGGGUGCACCUCUCAGGUUACAUGCUGUUUCAUUCACACUCACAGAAACACUGUUGCUCCAAGUGGCAGUUUGGGGUGCUGGUUCCUUCCCUGUGCAUUUAAGUUUGGGGGCAUCAGGUGGAGGAAGAUGAACACUUUUCAUAUCAGAGCAGAAGGAGAAUACUGAAGUCAUGUUACAUGAACCAGUCUUUAAAAAUAAUCUAUUUGGUUGCAUCCAGGGUUAAUCCAAAGCACUGCAUGCUUUUUCUUGCUUGAUGGUGAAGAGGAAACCAAAGCUGGUGUCAUGGUAUUUUCUGAGCACUUCAUCACCGCAAUCACUGGGCCAGUGGAAAAGCAAACUGAAAGGGAAAUUCAGGCAAAUGCCACUAAAACCCCCACAUAUUGUAAGGAUUCUGACUUCCGAUUCUGCUCUCAAAAUUUCUACCAAUGCUAGAAUUUAAAUAUUUUGAAAAGGGACAGAUUAUUUGCAUGAUGGGCUGGUGAUUAUAGAGGUGUCUCUCAACUGACAGAGAUGGGGAAAGGUUUUGACAUGAGUUGCAACCAACACAAACAAGGAUAGCUACAUUUCAUGGGGUUAAUCUGUAGAUUAUCUCGACCGUGAAGGGGGCCAAGCCACAUGUUCCACAGCUUCCCCAUGGAUUCUCAAACUUGGGUCCCCAAUGUUGUUGGACUUCAACUCCCAUAAUCCCCAGCCAUAAUGGCCAUAGAAAGAGAUUUGACAGAGAAGGAAAAAACCAAUGAACUGAAUUCAGGCUUCUUUAAGCUUUCCUUGUUUUGAGCGGUUAUAAUGUUUUGCCACUCAGCUUCCAAACUUCAAGCUUGAACAGACACAGAGCGAGUGAAACCAAAACCCCUGAAAUCAAAACAAUUUAGUCCCCUUGACUUCAACGGAAGCAAGCAGUCUGAAAUUCACUCAAUCCACUUCAUCUGCUGGGUUUGCUAUUUAGAUUAAAAGAACAGGCCUGAAUAUUUUCGGAGUGGAGGCGAGAAAGGCACAGCAGAACAGCCAAUGGCCUAUACUUCUGUUUUAUGUUGCUGUUAAGUAGCUACAUAUUACUGCAGCAAAGAGUCUUGUAGCAUGUUAAAGACGGUCAGAUUUAUUGCAGCGGAAGCAGUCAUGAGCAAGAACAGGCAUUCCCAACCUGUGGUCCCCCAGAACCACAACUCCCAUCAUCCCCAACCAGAACUUACUGUGGUUGGGCUAGAAUCAGCGACAUCAGGUGCAAUUUUGUCUCAUACGGGGCGGCCAAGCUUAGGCACUCCAGCGGCUGUUGCAUGCCAUCUCCCAUCAUCUUUGGCCACAACUCUUAGUUGUAGUCUAACAACAUCUAGAGAGCCUCCAGUUGGCCAACUCUGAUGUAAGAGAAGCACACUACCACGUAAUAUUGACUGCAUGACUUUUCCCAAGAUGCAAAGCACUGGAAAUGGAGCCCAGUGCGCUGCAGAUCCACUUGGGUGUCUGUCCAUCCACCAGGGCCAAGGAGGCAAAGGGCAGAUGCCUCUGGCCCACUUCUCCUUCCCCUUCCUUUCUGCUCCACCCAAGUCCCCUUGGGCAAGCAGCAGCUGUGCACGGACAUUUCUUGGCCUGUCUCUUGCAGCUGCCUCUCCAGCCUGCCUUUCCCUCUUGUUUCUGCCACACACUGUUCUGGGAGGAAGCUUCCUCCAUGCUGGCACGGCCAGGCACACUGCAAGCGUCAUGAUCAAAGAUGCCUUGACAGCUUGCACUGCCAAGCACUGAACUCCCAGCAUCUCCCAACAGAGUCAUGUUAAGCUGCCACACACCCGCCCAGUGGAGUGGGGGAGGCUCAGUGCAGCUUGUUUGAGGGGGCUGGGAGGUGGCCGUGGGUGCUGGCCCUCCAGAGGUGAUGGGUGGAUGGUGGGUGGGAGGUGGAGGACUGUCGGGGGGCUUGCUGCCUCCUCCAGAAGGAAGGGGGUAGGGGUGGCGGGUAGGGGUGGGGGGAGUGAUAGCAAUAGCAAUAGCACUUACAUUUAUAUACCGCUUUAUAGCCAGAGCUCUCUAAGCGGUUUACAAUGAUUUAGCAUAUUGCCCCCAACAUUCUGGGUGCUCAUCGAGAGAGGAAAUGAUCGAGAGAGGAAAAAGUGGGGAGGGGGAUGCAGCACCAAAAAGACAAAACAAAAGGGGGGGGAUUCCCCAGGGUGCUCAAUGAAUGUUGAUAAAUGAUUUAUUCCCUAUUGCCUGAUACAUUUCGAGCAUCAAAAGCUCUGCUUCAGAGGCAACUUAAAGGAGUAACAUUAGUCAAAGUAGCUUUCCCCCAGCACUGCAGCUGCUUGCUGAAGAGAGAGAAGAAUCCCUGGAGGAAGAGGAGGGGGGGUCCAUUCAGGAGGUGAGGCAGGUACCUGAAGGGGCAGAUUAGCAGGGCCCCAGGGGGGCAGCAAGGCGCCUUCGGAGCAGCCCUUUGAGACCAGCCGGACUAGCCUUGCAAGCGGCACAAGAAGGAGCACUUCUCUUCACACUCUUUGCAAAGUUGGCAAGAAGCACAAGGCAGUUAGCAACCUUCUCACCUCCUUUGUCAACGUUUGCAAGGUGGGUCUUGAAAAGGGGGCCGCCUUCCCCCACCCCCACCCCACAUCAGGGCUGUGGGGCAAGGCAGCAUUUGGUGCCUCUUCUUGGGUUCUGCAACACCUUCGGCCAGUCCUGAAAAGGAGCAGCCCUUCUUCACGUAGAUGGGCAAGUGUGGCCUAGGGUUGCCAACAUUUCAUGGCCAGAAUGAGGGACACAGGUUUUGGGGGGCUGGGGGAGGGCAGGAGGUGUAUGCAGUGGUAAUCAAGAGCCUGAGUAUCAGUGACAUAUAUGUUAUGUGAUAUUGAAUAAUGCCAGCAUUGUUAUUUCAAACAUAUGCAAGUUAUACCACUUUUCAACCAAAAGCUUCUCAAAAUAGUCUACAUAGCAAAAGGAAUAAAAUGCCCCCCACUGCUAGCAUUUUACACAGCCGCUGCUCACCCCACCACCGAAAUGCAAGACAAAUGCUGUCCCUAUAGGGACCAACAUUUCAUCCCUGUAAUGUGGGACAGUUGGCAAUCCUAGUGUGGCCGUUGCUCAGCAGCCCCUGGGAGCCCCGGGCCACAAGCACCCGCCCCCUCAGCCCCACUGAUCCCUGUAGGCUGUGCCAGCAAGGAAGAAGCAAAGGGCAAGGCGUCCCCUGCAGAUGCUGGGAAAUGCACUUGCCUAUCCAUUAUAAUUUUUAAAUGAUGUUUUACCUAUUUUGACAUUCAGCAAGUCCUGCUUUCAGAUCUGUUACAUUUCUGCGAGCAAAAGGGAGUUUACUUACAACUGAACAGAGGGAAUGGGGACAAAUGUGACUAGGCCCCAGAGGAAGGAGGGGGCCCGCUGGCUGCUCUGAAAGUGUGCUGGGUCCCAUCUUCAGGGGCCCAUCUUCGUUUUUUGUCCCAGGGCCCAACUCCCAACAACCACCUUGUUGUGUCCUGCUGGGCUAUCAGCAACACUGCUCUACAAAAUGGCAGCUUAUUGGGAGUUGUGGGCCAGCAAUACUUGGACCCAAGUUUGGGAAUCUCUGGGUUAAACUCCCAAGACAGCAAGCCCUGUCUGAGAAUUUGCUAGACUGGCCAUCACUCCAAAAAAGCCGUUUCAUCAUUUGAGCCCUGGGUUUCACCAUGGCAUCACCAGCUUCAUGGAAAUGCUUGCAUGAUAUUACAUCAUGAGGAUGCAGUCCCAUGUCCUGCUUCAAAUCCUUUGCAAAUUGAAUGAUCCUGGAUGCUUUCAAGACACCCUUCAUUUGUUCCUGGAUUGCCUGUGCUCAAAUCUUCCAAUCGUUCUCGUGAAUCCCUGCUCCUACUGUAGGAAUUCAAAUCCUACUAGCCCAAGGCUAGUCAUGUCCAUCGAAUCUUUAACCUUAGGCUCCUAAAGCUAAUCUCAACGCAUGCUCUGUUUCUCAGACCACAAGAAAGGCUUAAAAACCGAGUUGUUGCUUUCUGGAAAACAGGUUGUUGCAAAGGGUGGUAGAGGACGGUGGCAUUCUGCCCAUGUCAGCACCUCCACUUGCCACCACUCAUGACACCAGAAGGGUAUUGAUGAGAACAGGGACCCCAGGCUUACAUAACUAGGAAGAACUCUGCUCCGGUUGUGACCAGGAGAUCAAAGGUGAUGUCAAGAUAUUCUCAUCUCUGCAAUAAGACAAAAUACAAAAACCUUGAUGCUGGGAAGGAAGAUGCUCAAAGAUUGUAUGUGGGUUUAUAAGUGGGAGGGGGGGUGGAGCUGGUAAUACUUUUGGGAUCUAAUCUGUACUUUCUGUAUGUAUCUGUAUUCAGAACAAUGUACCUGAAAUAAAGCAAAUGUGCAUUUUUUCCUGAA